AUGGAGUUGCCUGAUCUCUCUUUGGGUUGGUUGGUGUUUUUAGUGCUCUUUGUUGGCGCCGCUGGGGCUGCAGGGUAUCUGGUGUUGCAAGAGAUGCGUAGCAGUCGAGAGAAGGACAUCGUGUUGAAGCAGGCAGGCAAGGAGGUGGACACGUCGCCUCCAGCGCGGGAGAUAGAGGAUUACGAGGAGAAGCGUAGCGCGUUGUUUCAGCAGUUGUUGGUGCAGCAGCGAGUGACGGAGGCAGAUGAGGAUCUGGGAGAAGGCCAACCUCCAUGCAAAAGCUGGCAGCGACAGCUGCUGCAGCCCGAAGAGAAGAAAGCCCUCAAGCUGCUCCUGAUGCGCCGCGCGCUUGCAAACACGCCGCGGUGGUUCGUGCUGUCGGGGGAAGCCAACGCGAAGUACCGGCUAUAUCGCAACGGUCUGCUGACAGAAACGGCGUGGAGCGAAUUCCAGGCAGUCCAGGAAGAGCUUAACGAAGAGCUUCAGUACAUCAAGCUGGAGGCGGAGUGUAUGGAAGAGGGGUGGGGCGACAAGGUCUUGAAAGACACUGUGAUGCUCUUCAAGCUGUCCGAAGCGCAGAAGGAAAGGAACAAAGUUAUGGGUGCUGAGCAGAAGCGGCAGGAGAAGGAGAAGGAGCGUCAAGAAAGGGAUAAGGAAAGGCAGCAGGAGGAGAAGGAAACCAGAGCGGAGAAAUUUAGGGAGCAACUCCUUAAGGAAGCGGAUCAAAACAAACCCGUACAGAGAAAGGUUGUUGUAUUGUAUGUGUGGCAGGCGGUGGGGCAUAGGCAACGGCUUCGGGUGCGCUUCGAAGGGCACGGCUGGAGUUCUGCUGCUGCUCCUGCAGCCUUCGAUCUCCGGUUAUGCGGUCGAUUUCAAAAAGGCCCUCAUGAGAUGUGGAGUUAUACAGAGAGAGGUCUGAGUGUCUUUGUCGUGUUUGUUUGCUACGGCAGGCGGCAUCGCGCCCGUGCAGCCGCAGCUGUGGCCGUUGCUGCAGGAGGCAAGUGCCCCCACACCUGGGGCGUAGGCCUCAAGGCUUCGCAUGUACCUGUACAGUGCACCUUUGGUACGGUUGCAUCUGCAGCAGCACAGUUUCAGCGUUUUGAAGCAGGCCUCCUUACUGCCGCUGUACUGUUGAGGGAGAGGAGGCACUCAACACGUGCGUGCUGCGGCCACCGGACUAGCGCAUACAGACCGAGCAACGCGCAUUAUUGA